AGUACAGGGGAACAGCGCUGAAGAAGUGAAGUAGAAGCUCGGAGGGAUAGAGAGAAGCACAGAGGACAACAUGAGGUUCACCGCUCACUCUGCGUGUUUGCUGAUCAGCUGUUUGCUUCACUCCUCCCUCUCCUCCGCCACUCGCUUCCUCGCUGUCUCCUGCACCGUGGGUGAGCAGGCGCUCCUUCCCUGUUGGUGGAAGAGUGUCCUGAAGGACGUGGACCCGUCCCCUCCUCACAUCCAGUGGAGGACCAUCACGGCGGAGAUGGUCUUUGAACAGUGGGGGGUCCGGCAGUGGCAGGCGAACGAGUACAAAGACAGGGUCCAGGUCCCUGAGGCGCUUUUGGACUCUGGAGACUGCUCUCUGGUCAUCAAAGAAGUCCAGAUGGACGACACGGGGAAGUACGAGAGCUUCAUGAUGGUGGAGAAAGACAGGUCCAGAAAGACCCGGGUCUUCAUUCAGGGCGUCAAACUGUCUGUGACAAACCACAAAUCCCAUGAGACUCGGCGUGUGGGUGGCGACCUGGUCCUGGAUCUGCGAACCCGACUUUCUGAGCGAGUCGUCUUCCAGAGCAGAGAGAACAGCUCAGCGUGGACAGACGUGUGGAUGAGGAACGACAAGGACGGUCAGCGUCUGGAAAAACAUCCCAUAAAAGAACAGCUGACCAUCAAGAAUCUGAAGAGCUCGGACGCAGGAACGUACCAAGUCCUGGACGAACACGACCGCGCCAUCAGCAGAGUGCGGCUCUCUGUGGAGGGAUUCAGUGAAGCGGACGUUUUCAGAGACGCCGGCGACAGAAGCAGCAGCGCGUCGCUCCUCGUCUGCUUCGCUCUGGUCGCCAGUUUCCACGUCCAGCUUCAGUCCUGAGACUCAGACCAGGAAACGCUGACUCAUCAUUCCUCCAGGUUCCUUGUAUAACUGUUUCUAUCUUUCAUUGUUUACGUUUGUGAAUUGUUAAAUAUGUAUAUUAGAACAAUUUAAAUAUUUGAUUGCAAUGAAUGUCACAUUUGUAUCUAUUCUAAAUGUCUCUUGAUUUCUUUGUGUCCCAUUAUUUUCUCUCAUUUUAAUGAUCUUAUCAACAUAAAAAAGUGGAUCUGCUUGCUUUGUGCAGAUGUUUUUUUAUUCAGUCACCUGCAUAUUUUGACUUAUUCCUCUUAUUGUGAGAGCCGCACAAUAAUAAGAGACACCUGCAGUUUGUGAAUAAAGUGCCGUUCUUCAACGCAGACGGAGUCUCGUGGGUUAAUGUGUUGUUGUCGUAACAAGCUAAUCCCAGCUAAAGGAGCUAGCGGUCUUCGUGGGUCUCCUUACUACGGUUCGGAGGUCUGCCAGCUUGGUUGGUAACACUGCAGACAACAUGACUUGGAUGUGGGGAGUGCGUGGAGAAAUGAUCCAGGCUGCGUUGGAUACGGAGAGCCCGCUUGGAGACGAAGAAGCGUACAACGCUCACCAUCCACUCCAAAUGGAACGUUAGCCUACGACUCUCUGGCCGGCUCGCGUUCCUGUGGUUGUGUUUCUGAUCGAGCUAGAUCCGGUGUGGUGUUGUAGUUUUUCUAACGUUACUAGUUGUUGCAACAGCAUGUGAAAAAAACUACAAAGUUUGCUCGGCCAAAAAGAACGUUAAUCCCGCGUUAAGAACAUUGAAGCCGUUAAAAUGGGUUUGCAGAACCCGAAGAACCGAUUGACCUUUGACCUCGUCCACAUUUCGUUGUCUUUAUUAAACAGAUUUAAAUACUUUCGUCACACGUUUUUUUGGUCACAUGUUCACAAAUAAAGUUUCACCUGGAAACAGACAGUCACAUGGCCGCUCAGGUGCACACA